UAUUUUUUUUCUGUCUUUAAAAUUUUCGCGGCACUCUUGAAGUUGGAGGCCCUUUGCAGCAUGGUUAAAAACCCUACGUACAGUAACGGUCAUAAAUUUCUUCAUUCCAUAUUCGCAUGCGUUUACGUACGUUACGUGCAUUAUUUAAAAUGAUAGGGGAGAAUGGACUGCACCGGGACCGCUACUGUAGAAGAGAGGGAAAGGGGUUUUGGAAUAUAGAUGGGGGUUUACGGAAUACUCCGACAACCUCUCCUCCCUAGUUUGUGCUGCACUGUGCUGCACUCUGAAGGUGACAAUCAAAGUUGAUUCUUUACAGUCUGCUAGGACUGCUAGUCUGCUUAGACGUCAUAACUGGUCAUAACGUGACACAAACAACUGGUUUUUAAUAUUUCUCGUAGGACUAACAAUCGAUAUCACGGAAAGUUUUACAGAUUACUACCGGAUCCGAAUGUAUAAUAAACGCAACCAUUGACAUUUUCACUAAAGAUGCCAAAACGUGAUAAAGAAGUGUCAACAAAUCAAAAGGAACGAAAAACGUGGGAUACAUCAAGAAUGGCAAAAGCUAUUAAGAUAGUACGGGAGGAAAAAAUGGGAUAUAUGAAAGCUGCAAACAAGUUUGGUGUCCCUAGAAGUACACUCUAUCGCCUCGUGAAAACCAAUGUGCCUGACGAAAACAUUGCAGCUAUAACGAAAAUGGAAGGCAAAACUGUUCUGUCAGAAAAGUUAGAAGAUGAAUUGGUUGUCCAUUGUCAACAUAUGGAAUCACUUUUCUAUAGUAUAACUGGAACUGAUAUUCGCCAAAUGGCCUACCAGCUGGCGGUCCGAAACAACAUUUCCAAUCCAUUUGACUCUAAAAUCGCUGGAAAGGGUUGGUUGAGAAGAUUCAAGAAGAGGCAUAAAAAUAUGUUAUCCAUUAUUCGGAAGCCAAAGCUCCUGGACUUCUCAACAAAAAAAAUGUCUCUAAAUUUUUCGACAUUGUCGAUGGUCUCUUUCUGCGGUACAAAUUUCCUGCAGAAAGAGUCUUUAAUGUAGAUGUAACAAGUUUAACUAUUCUGUAGACCCAUGUUGUAAGUCGUAAAGGAGAAAAACAAAUAGCAGCUCUGACUGCAACCGAAAAAGGCUUACUGAUCACAGUAAUUAUUUGUAUGAGUGCGGUAGGCUUAUUUAUUCCUCCGAUGAUAAUCUUUCCAAGGCAGAAUAUAAGCCAGCAACUGAUGGCAGGAGCACCUCCUGAAUCAAUUUUCGCAUGUCACCCCUCUGGCUGGGUUCAAACUGAUCUGUUCACACAGUGGUUUGAACAUUUUAUUUCGAAAAUCAAACCAAACAAAAGAUCACCUGUGCUGUUGGUCCUAGAUGGACACUACAACUACACGAAGAAUAUUGACGUUAUAGAAUUAGCUAAAAAACAUCAUGUUCAUCUGAUUAGUUUCCCACCUUACAGUGUCGAUAAAAUGCAACCACUAGACCAAACAUUUAUGGAUUUGCUGAAAACAUAUUAUACUGAAGAAAUCCAGAUGUGGAAUGAUACAAAUGACAGAAGUUUGAGGCCUUUCGACGUUGUGGAAUUAUUUGGGCGAGCUUAUUUAAAAGCGCAAAAUGAUAAAAUAGCCGUGAAUAAUUUCAAAGACAGGCAUUUUCCCACCAGACAGAAACGUUUUUGGUGAUGAUGAUUUUGCUGCUGAUGAUGAUAGAGUUGAAAAUAUUCAACAAUUUAAUCAAGAAGAAAAAUAUGUCAAAAUGGAACCCUCUGAUGAACCUGAUGAGCCUGAUGAAUCUGAAGCAGAUGUUUCCAUGUCAAACAGAAACAUUCUCGAUGAUUACUUAAUUAUUCCUGAUCAUGAUAAAGUUGAAAACGUUCAACAACUUGAUGAGAAAAAAAGACAUAUCGAAAUGGAGUUCUAUGAUGAACUUAAAACAGAAGCAGGAUGGUUAGAAAUUAUAAACGUAAGACGGAUCGAGGAAAUUGGUCAGAAGAAACAAUGCGUAACGCAAUUACUGCUGUAUUAGAAAGAAAGAUGGGUUAUUACUUAGCGGCGAAAACAUAUUCUGUGCCACAGUCUACAUUAGAAAGAAAAGUAAAAAAAGCACGUGAAAAUAAAGACUUCUGUCAAGAAAUCAAAGUACCUUUAGGGCCAAAGUCUCCUACAUUUUCAGCUAAAGAAGAAGCUGAACUGGUUGAAUAUUUAAAAGAAAUGGAAUGCAGAUUUUAUGGGCUCACAACUAACGAUUUAAAGAUUUUAGUGUACCAAUUAGCAACGAAAACCAAGAAAAAACAUCCUUUUAAUGAAAGUAAAGGUAAAGCUGGCAAUGACUGGUUACGUAGAUUUUUGAAACGUCAUCCAGAUUUGGCGAUUAGAAAACCUGAAAGCACAUCAGCAGGUUUUAAUAAAGUUGCUGUUGAAAGUUUCUACAAAUUAUUAAGUGAGAUCUAUGACAAAUACCAAUUAACUGCUGAUCGUGUAUACAAUUGUGACGAAAUCGGAAUAUCAAUUGCCCCGAAAACAAAAUCUAAAAUAAUAACGCAAAAAAGACGAAAACAAGGGAAUGCAUUGGUUUCUGCUGAACAAGAUACGACGAUCACAACCGAAAUAUGUUUCAGCGCGACUGGACAUUACAUACCUCCAAUGUUAGUGUUUCCUUGUAACAGGAUAAAACCAGAAUUAAUGGUAAAUGCUCCCCCGGGUACUUGGGGUGUAUGUAGUGACACUGGAUGGAUGACAACUGAGCUAUUCUUACAAUGGUUUAGGAAAUUCGUAACUUUCAGCACUGCAUCUAAAAAUCGUCCCGUUUUGUUACUUCUGGAUGGAGAUUGCAUUCACACAAAGAGUAUAGAACUAAUUGACAAAGCAAGAGCAAAUGGUGUAAUCAUACUGUGCUUUCCAUCUCACACUAUACAUCGCCUUCAGCCACUUGAGGUUUUUAUGAAACCUUUAAGCACUUACUAUGAUCAAGCUAUUUCUUCAUGGCUUUGCUCAAAUCCUGGGCGCGUUGUUGAUACAUAUCAAGUGGCAGAGUUGUUUGGCAAAGCUUUUGCUCAGGCUGCAAAUAUGUCAACUGCUAUUAACGGUUUCAAAAAAUGUGGGAUCUGGCCACUUGAUAUCACUGUUUUUACAGAACUUGAUCUUAUAGCAUCUUUUACAGCGGAUAUUCCUUUAAAUAUCACACCGCCAGCUGAAGAACAGAUUAUAGAUCGUUUAAAUGUCACACAAGCAGUCAGGUCAGAUGAAGAACAGAUCAUAGAUCCUUUAAAUAUCACACAACCAACUGAAGAACAGAUUAUAGAUUGUUUAAAUGUUACACAACCAGCCAAGUCAGAUGAAGAACAGAUCAUAGAUCCUUUAAAUAUCACACAACCAGUUCAAUCGAUCGAAAAACAGAUCAUAAAUUUAGAUAACACUCAACCGGGUUGUUCAUUUUGGCCUGAUCAGCAACGGAAUAAGAUUAUAAAAUCAGAAAAAAAUACUUCUUUUCAAUUAGUUAGCCCUAAAGAACUAACGCCUUUACUGUUAGAAAAACGUGAAAAAACUGCAAUAAUAACAUCCUCACCGCAUAAAAAUAAACUACAAGAAAAUAUAAUAACGAAAAAAAAGACAGAGAGAAAAAAAGUGAAGAAAAGAAGAAGAAAUGUACAAACUAUAAAAUUGCGAAGAAAGGAGCCAAAGAAACGUAUGAGAAAGAGAUCAUCUACAGACACUGUAUCUUCUGACGACAUCAAUCUCGAUAUCAUUAUCAAAAAAGAAGAUGAUGAUGAUGACUUCACAACAGUGUGGCUCCCAGAACCAGAUUUUUCCACCACGUAAAGCAAAUAUGAAAAGCUCACUUGAGAGAUGCAACACUCGUUUGUGAAACAAAAUCCAAGAAGAUCCAAUAUACUGAUUCCAGUGAUUCUAAUUUGCAAGAUUCCAGCAAUGAAGACGAGUGUCCUCAACAAGAGGAUAAUAAUGUAAAAUGGGUCUUUUCUUUUGCGAUGUUGUCUUUUCCAAAGAUAUCGAAGAGGAAACAAGGAUGCAGUGUAUCCUGUGCAAUGCAGGAUUCACACCAUUGACAUAAGAUGUAUAAUGUUUGAUAUUCAAUAAAAGAAUACGUUUUCUAGAGAUAAAAGUGUUAUGAGAAUCUUAUCUCCUAUUGGAUAUCAGAUAAACGUCAAGUGUCUGUGAUGUGGAUCCUGUAUACAAAGUGAAUCUAUGAAGAGUGACGGAUUAAGAACCAAAAUGUUUAUUUUUGUAAAAAAUUGUAAAAAAAUAAAUUUCUAUUAAUUUAUAAUUAAUCUCGUAUCGCCAGAUAUGUUUUAUUAAGUUAAUUGGCGAUUAAUUUAUUGAUUAAUACCAUCCAGGAUAACAAUUUGCUAACAAAUUGUUAAUACAAACACAUUUUGACAGCAACUCUAUAACCAAGUUUAUUUCUAUCAUUUCAUAAAUGUACAUUUGUUUACAUUACAAAUGAAAGUAAAGGACUUCUUUUGUUGAA